UUGAGCUCUAGCAUUCAGGACCCAAAGUCUACAGUUACAUAGGUAUGUUUAACUUGUGCUAGAGACCAGAUUACAUGAAACAGCUUGGAAAGGAUAAGGUGCCAGUUACAUGGACGUUAACAGGUUUAUUUUUGUAACAGCUUCAAGAAAUUAUUGUGUGCGGAGGCGAGGGAAUGAGAGCUGUAAACCUUCACUAUGUCCAAGCAAAGGACUGUGCGCGUGGAAUGUGGGAAACCCACUCAGAUGAAUUAUGUGACGGGGACUGAACUCAGCAUCGAUGUUUACAAGCCAUCACCUCCAAAAUCCCAGCUAUAUGAAAUCCGCUCUAGCCCUGGUAUCAAAUGCUCCAUUUUAGAUCAACAGCUUAUAACCCCAGUGACUGAAAGUGCAAGUAAAUUUGUUCUCCAUAAAGGAACCAUACUCCUAGUCACACAGGAUAAAACAAGCAAGGAUGUCAAUGACAAUAAGGUUACAGUCACCUUUUAUGAAGAUAAGUCUGACAACCCCAUUGACAAGAUGACAUUGCAGUUUACUGCUGUCAGCACAUCCCUGGAUGUGGAUGCAGAUCGUGAUGGGAAAGUUGAGGAGAAUCAUCCAAAUAAGGCUUCUUGGUCGUGGGGUCCUAAUGGACAUGGCGCUGUUCUGCUUGUGAACUGUGACAAGGAUGAUGCAUUUUCUUCUAAGCCUGACAACACUGAUAAUUUGGUGAACCGUCUUUCAGAUUUGAAGGAUAUGUCUUGCAUGAUUUUGAGAACUAAAGGACCACAGACUCUACAAUCUGGCUGCAAACUCCAACUCUACAUCUCAGCCUCUGAUAGAUACAAAGUGCGGGUCUUUCUGAGAAAAGAAGGGCGUUUGCUGCAUGUCUUGGGAGACCAGAAGCUAUCCUUUGUCACUAAUUACAAGUUUGGGAAGAAAGAAUACGAUUUCUUUGUUGAAGGACUCAGGUUUCCAGACAAAGAUUUUGACGGCUUGGUUACGAUUAACCUCAGCCUACUAGAAUCAAUGACUGUAGGAGAAGCUCCUAUUUUCACAGACCGAGUUGUAUUCCGUAUGGCUCCGUGGAUUAUGACUCCAAAUACACUGGCUCCCGAGGAAGUGUUUGUCUGCAGUGUAGCAGGUAAUGAAAAAUUCCUCAAGGAAUUCAAGGCUUUGGUGGCAAAGGUCAAGUGUAAGCUAACAGUUUGUCCCGAGUAUGUGAAUCGCGGAGAUCGCUGGAUACAGGAUGAAAUUGAAUUUGGUUACAUCGAGGCACCCCACAAGUACUUCCCUGUUGUGCUGGAUUCCCCUCGAGAUCGUGAACUGAAAGACUUUCCCCAUAAAAAAAUUCUGGGCCCGGACUUUGGACAUGUAACCAAAACAUCUGAUGAGGUCAACAGCCUGGACUCCUUUGGGAAUCUGGAGGUCAGCCCUCCAGUGACAGUGAAUGGAAAAGAAUAUCCAAUGGGAAGGAUCAUCAUCGGAAGUGCUUUCCCUACCACUUCUGAUGGGAGGAACAUGGCAAAAGUAAUUCGAGAUUUCCUGUAUGCUCAACAAGUCCAGUCUCCUGUUGAACUCUUCUCUGAUUGGCUGGUAGUGGGUCACGUAGAUGAGUUCAUGACCUUCAUUCCAGCCCCCGAUAGAAAGGGUUUCCGGCUUGUUCUGUGCAGUCCUGACGCCUGUUGCAAGUUGUUCAAGAAGCUCGAGCAAGAGGGUCAUGGGGAAGCUCAGAUGUUUGAAGGUCAAAACGCACAACCUUUCAAAAUUAAUGAACUCCUCAGCAAUCAAAAACUGCUCGACGAUAAUAUUUAUGUGCAGCAAUGCAUUGACUGGAACCGAGAUGUCCUAAAGAAGGAAUUGGGAUUGGACGAAGGAGAUAUUAUUGAUAUUCCUGUAUUGUUUACAUUGCAUCAGAAGUAUGGAAAAGCGAUGUCGUUUUUUCCAGAUAUGGUGAAUAUGAUAGUCCUCGGCAAAUACCUGGGCAUUCCAAAGCCGUUCGGGCCUCUGAUAAAUGGAAAAUGUCCACUGGAAUCUGCGGUGCGCUCAGCACUGGAACCACUUGGCCUGGAGUGUAACUUCAUUGAUGACUUUGCUGCCUAUCAUUUGCUGAUUGGUGAAGUUCACUGUGGUUCCAAUGUACGUCGAAAGCCAUUUAGCUUAAAAUGGUGGAACAUGGAAAUAUAAUUACCACAAGCAACAAAGUUUUUAGUUUAUUUUGUGUGGCCUUAAUAAAAUGCAAAUCGCUGACAAAAGACUAACCUUUAUCAAUGUCCACACAGUAAUAUGCAACCUGUACCAUUGAAACACCUUGCGUUCCAAUGUCUGAACUUAACACCUAGGCUUGGUCACUUAAAUUGUUCAACCAAAUUUGCUCCCCUGUCAUUGGUCACUGAUCCAGAGUGUUUUAUGCAAAGUUUGUCAACAUUGGUUAGACGCAUUCUGAAUUUUGAUCAUGUGACAUUCUAAACACAUGACAUCUGACUGAGAGAGACCUGGUCACAUGGCAUCUAAUCAUAUGAUGUCAGGGAAGAGGGAUAUCUGGUGGGGAAGCAAGCAUUAAGAAGAACUUUGAUUCCAUCAGUAAAUAUUGGUAUCCCACUGAAAUGGCAUUGAUAACUAACAAUAGCAGUGGUAAAGCUAAGAUUCCCCUCAUAACCAACUUAAAUAUAAUACCUCACUGAUAGAUAUGCAACUGGUAGUAACAGGUAUAAUGCCCCAAUAUCCAAUCUGUAUCUAUAGUAAUCAAAUAACGAGGUCAUAUUUACCCUGCAGCCACAGCCAGAAUCCAUCUACCCUGCUGAAGGUUCAGUUGGCUUCCCAAUAGAUAUUUUUAACUGACCUGAACUCUUGCCUUAUGUCCUUGGAAACUGGUUUGGAUUCUGGUUUUGUGAAGAUGACAUCGCAGAGCUGGAGAUCUCAGACUUCCCUUAGUUUAAGAGUUUCUUCCCUUUUUUCUCAGUCUCCAUCCCCUUGUUCCUCAUUCGUCAACCAAAAGAAAAAUAAUUCAUUAUGUAUCAAAAGAUCGCUGGGUUUUUCUUACCCCUAUACUAGCUACUCACUCUCAUUGUUGCUCCCACUCAUUACCUCGGUGCUACUGCUCCUGGCUGCGGGGCAAUGCUGGGUGCCAUGCUCAUCCUAUUUCCCAGUUUUGAUCUCUUCCUGAACCUCCAUUCUCCAAUCCUCUCUCCUUCAAGCCCCUGUUCCCCUGAAUCCCUACUCUCCAGUCUCCACUUUCCCUCUGAUCAUUUCUGUCUCCAUCUUUCCUGAGUGCCCCUCCCCCCAUCCUUCCUCUCUUUACCCUUACGCUCUGUGAGAAUGGAUAUCUGAGUAUCCCUGUCUCUUUGAGAGAGAGCAUUCCAUUCAAUAGGCACUAUCUAGGCAUUGACAGUGCUAUUCCUUUGUCCAAGGUGCAAUUCUAGUUUAAUAAAACAACACCAGCAAUUUGGUGUCUCAUUGAGGUAACGUUAUUGACCAGGCUUUAGAUGUCCUAGAUCUAAGACUUGGAAUUCACUCUGGUAUUAUAAUUAAUUUCCUUCUUCUGUACUUUAACAGAGGUGUCAGCCAUUCAUUUUGAGUAGAUUAAUAAUACUUCUGGUACAAUAGACAAAGGAAUUUGAUAUGAAUAUGGCUUUUGAAUUAAAAACUUAUGAGCUCACUGAAAAA